AAUGGGAAGUCCUGUGUUUGAUCCCUAGCACUGCACAAAACAAGCACUUGGCGGCAUGCCUAUAAUCCCAGCAUCUGCAGGCAGGGGAUCAAAAACUCAAGGUCAUCCUAGGUUGCACAGCAAAUCUGAGGCCUGGCUGGACACAUGAGACUGUGAUGGUUACAGUGAUGGUCUUCUACCCCUCCUGACUACCCAUUUUCUUCCAAGGUAGCUCUUUUCUUUUUCUGGGGACACUGGAUCUCAGAGCAGUCUGGUGGUGCUGCAGGCCCAUAAUCUAGCUGUUUUGAAGUAGGGGGAGCAGAAGUUGAGGAUCUGCCUGGGCUACAGAGUAUAUGUGGGAUCUCACUAUGCUGCUCUUGAUAGCCUUGGACACCUGGGCUCAAGGAUCCUCCCACCUGAGCCUCAUGGGUAAUUGGGACUGUGCAUGUGCACCUGAUUUUCUCUGUAGAGACUGAAAUGCUAUAGAUUCAUUUAUCAGAGCUGAAAGUCUUUUUUUCUUUUAUACUCUUAGAACUUUGAAUAAAAUAUUGGAUGACAGGUGAUUUCUGGAUGUCAGGAACAUGUCUUAUUAGGAAACCACAGCUUCUCCAAGGAGUCUAUGCCAUGGGCUUCAAUAGACCAUCCAAGAUCCAGGAGAAUGCAUUGCCCAUGAUGCUUGCUGAACCCCCCCAGAACCUGAUCGCCCAGUCUCAGUCUGGUACUGGGAAAACAGCUGCCUUUGUCCUAGCUAUGCUCAGCAGAGUGGAGCCAGCAGACAGACACCCUCAGUGUUUGUGCCUGUCCCCAACAUAUGAGCUGGCACUUCAAACAGGAAAAGUGAUUGAGCAAAUGGGCAAGUUUCAUCCAGAAUUGAAGCUGGCUUAUGCUGUUCGAGGCAAUAAACUGGAAAGAGGUCAGAAGGUCAGUGAGCAGAUUGUCAUUGGUACCCCGGGGACCGUCCUGGACUGGUGCUCCAAGCUGAAGUUCAUUGACCCCAAGAAGAUCAAGGUGUUUGUUCUGGACGAGGCUGACGUGAUGAUAGCAACUCAGGGCCACCAAGACCAGAGCAUCCGCAUCCAGAGGAUGCUGCCCAGAAACUGCCAGAUGCUGCUUUUCUCUGCCACCUUUGAAGACUCGGUGUGGAAGUUUGCCCAGAAGGUGGUCCCAGACCCCAACAUCAUCAAACUGAAGCGCGAGGAGGAGACUUUGGACACCAUCAAACAGUACUAUGUCCUUUGCAAUAACAGAGAGGAGAAGUUCCAGGCCCUGUGCAACCUGUAUGGGGCCAUCACCAUCGCUCAAGCCAUGAUCUUCUGCCAUACCCGGAAAACAGCUAGCUGGCUGGCAGCGGAGCUCUCCAAGGAGGGCCACCAGGUGGCUCUGCUGAGUGGAGAGAUGAUGGUGGAGCAGAGAGCUGCAGUGAUUGAGCGCUUCCGAGAAGGCAAAGAGAAGGUUCUGGUGACCACCAACGUGUGUGCCCGAGGUAUUGAUGUUGAACAAGUGUCUGUCGUCAUCAAUUUCGACCUUCCUGUGGACAAGGACGGGAACCCAGACAAUGAGACCUACCUGCACCGCAUUGGGCGCACGGGCCGCUUUGGCAAGAGGGGUCUGGCGGUAAACAUGGUUGACAGCAAGCACAGCAUGACUAUCCUCAACAGAAUCCAGGAGCAUUUUAAUAAGAAGAUAGAAAGAUUGGACACAGAUGAUCUGGAUGAGAUCGAGAAAAUAGCCAACUGAGAAGCUUCUCCAGCAGCUGACGCCACCCUCAGCACUGUUCCUGCCUGGGAGCCUAGUGCUUUCAUGGCAUAGGCCUUGACAGACACCUCAGAGACCAAGGCCUGAGUAGAGACUACCUACCUCAUUCAGAAUUACGUUUGGACUUGACAAAUUUUCGAAAACAGUAGGACGAAAAUCUAAGGAGAUUUUGCAUUUUAGAAAGUAGUCAGAGCUGGGUGUCCCGGUACACACCGGGACACCCAGCACUUGAGAGGCUGAGUUACAGGACAGCCAGAGACAUGUAGUGAGACACUCUCCAUGCAAGAGUCCUUUCCACUAACCCUUUUAAAGCCAGUUUUCUCUUGUAUGGUAAUAAGGUUGCUGUUGGUGAUGUUUGGGCCCCAGACUGUGUACCCACUCUCUGGCUACAUGUGUUUGGACCAAACUCCAGCCUUGAAUAAGUGACAGAAGAAAAGGUGUUCAGAGAGGCCAGGAGAAGCACAGCAUGGCUGUGGCAGGCUGCCUUUGAUGGAACUAAUAGAGACCCUCUGUACUCCACCCACCCAUACCACCUCCUCAGUUCCUCCCUGGUGAGAUUCUUGGCUACUACUUUAUUUUUCAGGUUGACAGACUCAAGACAUAGGUCUAUUGGGUAGACAGUUCCUUUGAAGAUGGAGUCUGUCUUUACCCCUGCUCACUUCAUCUGUUCUGUGCCUGGCUCCAUUAUUUGGUUCUAGUGCAUAGGGUUUCAUGCCAAGCAGUAAUUUAGAAAGGACGUUAUGACCAAGCAAGACCUCUUUAAUUAUGCUGUAAGCAGGCUUAUGGGUUAUUUCAUACAUUGUGUGAAUAAGAUUAGAUAAAUCCGUGAUAAAACGAAGUUCUAUGAAAUUUUAAAAUAAUUAUGAGAAGCAUUUUACUAAUC